AUGUUCUGUCAUCACCACCGAAGCUGCGACCUCCACCAUCACCUCUUCCUCACAUGGCAGGGGCUGCUCCAGAGGAAGGGCUGGCCGAGGUUUGAAGCCCUCCUCCUAGCUGAGCUGCAGAGACAGCAACAGUGUAGCCAGUUCUGUGACACCCUGCUCAAGACAGAAGGUGUUUCAGUGCCAGCACACAGUUGUGUCCUGUCAGCUCUCAGCCCACACCUCUCCUCCGCUCUGUCCUCCACGCCGGCGACCCCUGGAGGACAGAGCCGUCUCCUGGAGUUCCGGGCUCUAGGCAACUGCACCCUGCUCCAAAUGGCCAGACUGCUGUACAGUGGGGAGAUGGCAGGCAAGGGGGAGAAGGAGAAGCAGGAAGCUAUCUCUGCUGCUGCCAUGCUUGGCAUCCACGGGCUGGUCGAGGUCUCAAAUAGAGAACCUGAGAGCAGUGGUGUGAAUGGAGAAAGCGGGCAUACGGAGGCAGGAGUGCAGACAGAGCCGCUGAUGUCUGAGGAGGAUGAAGGGAGAGGGGGCAAUUGGAGGAGAGAGGUUAGGGACGGGAGGACCUUUUGGUGGAAAGACACACUGGCAGAUGGUAGAAAAGACUCAUGGACUCAAACAGAGGAGCUGCAAGAGCAAUUGGUUCCCCCUUCUCAACCAGCAACCACCCUCCAGACCAUCGAUACAGCUGCUUUUCAGAGUGUAGGACAGCCCGACUCCCAUGUUGUUCCUCAAAUUCCCUACAUUCCCAUAUCCCUCUUCUACCUAACCUAUAACAACACAACACAACAACCUUCAAAUGCCCUCAUGUACUCCAUACAGGAAUCCUACUCAGUAGCUGGGUUCACGUCUGUUGGGGCUCCUCAGCACACCUUCGUCCCCCAGACUCUUCUUUCUUUUUCCUGUCAAGUGCCCCCCUGUGCUGCUGAGCUUCAGAGCUGGUGGACCGCCCCACAGGAAGCCGCCGGAGAAGGCACAAAAGCAGCUGACAACUGGGAGGACCAGAGUUUGGAGCAGUUUGAAGGCAACAUCACAGGAUACAUUAACAACUUCCUGAACCUAGACAAGAAGGAGGGCGAUGGCAGUGGGCGGGCAAGAAGGAAGCGGGGCGCAGCAGUGGGAGGGGCCAGGGGAGGGGUGACGGGAUACAGGAGAGCCAGGAGACCACAAGCACGAAGAGGAGGGAGUGGGAGAGGAGGCUUUACGCAGACGGUGGAUGUGCAGGAGGUGGGGGUGAGCAGGCUGCAGGAGCUAUUCCUGCAUAGGGUCGGGUUGAGGGCACCCAGGACAGGACAGGGCGGAGGAGUUGCAGGCAGGAGACUGUUCCUGAAGCCCAGAGAGCUUCUGAAGUCAACAAAGAGCUACCAGAGGAGAAGAGGGCCCCGCAAAGACGUGCUGCCGUUCAAAGAGGAGAGAGCAGGUAACACGCAGCGUGGGAGGAAGCGUAAAACGCAGAAGUUUAACCCGGAAGGUCUUCCCGUCGGGCGGCCGAGGAGUGGGAGGCCCCCGCUUCUUCCCCCUCACGAGGAACAGCCCGAACACUUAGAACGCCUGCUGGGUGAAGUGAUCAAUGACCUCUCCAUUUUAAAAGACAACGGUGCUCCUCAUUCUCAGCUUCCUCUUCCAACCAGUAGCAGCAGCAGCGACUUUGCCACCUCUGGAAAUAUUUUGACACAAAACAAAGCAGGUUUUACUGGGUCCCCACGGGUUGUUACUGUAGCAAGAGGAGGUGACAGCUCCAGCUUUGCAAACAGUGGGACUCCCGUUCUGCAACAGCAGGGGGACAUGAACGAUGCGCUGUACAACUUACUGCAGUCCUACGAGCAGUAUGUGGGCAGCUGCUCUGGCGGGGAAGAGGCGGAGACGGCCACUCAGAGCUGCACAGAGGCCAGCCAGCUGCACACUGUCCCGAGUAGAAACAAAAGAAGAAAGACCCAGACCACCAAGAGCCCUAACACCGCUCAGCUACAGAAGACACCUCAUCCAGCCAGGCAUGCCAUGAUUUCUGUGGACGGAGAACCUGAAGACUUGGACACUUGCCAGGGCAGACCAACAGCAACUCUGUCUCAUUGUGUUGAAGCAAUGCCUUCUGUUUCUCCUGCUUCACUUUCAGCCAAAGAGUUCAGUCUAAUGUCGACAGAAAGCAGGGAGGAUGACAAAGACGAUGUCAUCGAUGUGAUCAGCAGUUCCAGUCCCGCACCUGAUCCGGUGCUCAUCAACUGGUCAGAGUAUUUCAAAGUUGAGGAAGAGGAAGAAGACGAGGAUAUUGACAUUGUCGGAAACAAUCCAAACUACACUUCAUCAUCGACCUUUGCUACGGUGAGGUGAGCUUGUUAACAGGAAUGGUCACACCGAGGUGCGUCACAAGCAUCCGUCAGCUUUUUUUCUACUUGUCUUCUUCAGUUCAUGUUGUUUUAUUUCUUCGAAAAACACAUUCCUGAAUUCCGUUAUUUAGCUUAAGAGAUGAAGAAAAAUGGCGUCCGAUUAUAAAUGUCUUACAAUCACAUGAGAGAUUUGUGAGCAGCUUGUGACUAUCGGUUUGGAUUUAAAGGCAAAAAAGAAAAUAUGUGCAUCAUAAUGCAUGAAGGCACUUACAUUGGCAACAGAAACCUAUGCACUUAUUCAGUUUCAGCUCUUGAGUAGAAUAAACAGACUUAACCAUUGUCAAAAGGUGAAUGUAUUGAAACUUUUAACUUUUGAGGUUGAUUUCAAGUUAAAGUUAUUGCUGUUAAGUUCAGUAGUUUUAUGAUUACUAAGUAGAGAUGGUCCUCCUAGUUUGUUUUUAACAGCAGAAAGGGUUAAAAACCACACCAAAGAAACAGUUUAGAAAGAGAUUCAGUGCAAAAACAAUCAAAAUGUGUGUUUUAGAUGAGUGUUUUAUUACUUGUAAAAAGGUUUACAAUACCAGCCUUUGUUUUUCAUUAAUGUUCCAGGAAACGUUUGUGCUUGUUUUACUGUUACGUUAUGUUUGAUAUUGUUGCACUUUUGAGUCCAGAACUGAUUUCUACAAUAAA